AUGAGCGAGGCCAAAGCAGCAAUCUCGAUAUCACCGCUCCUCCUCCGGCUGGCUGACCCCACCACGACCUUGUUCAGCGUCACAGCACAAGAAGUUGCUCUUGCAGUAUCCCACAUUUUCGCAAACGCCAUAUCGCCUGUCCAGACAGGCUGUCUUCUCUAUGCACUUCACACAACUCAAUUAGAUCGUCGUCCGGAUAUCCUCGCAGCAUGCGCCAGUUCUAUGAGAUAUGCUGCUGCUCAAGUCAACCAUGACUCUCUCGCAAAGGCUGUGUCACAACGUGCUCGUAAGGAGGGCCAAUACCAUGGAGUCGGUACUGGCGGUGACAGCCACAACACAUACAACGUCAGCACAACCUCGAGUAUCCUCGCCUCAGCCCUGCUCAUGAUGGCCAAACACGGUAACAACGCUUCGACCUCAAAAUCUGGUUCCGCCGACCUCCUGCUCGCCGCUUCUCCCGCACCCGUAAUCGCUGCCACCACCGAGAAGACACUCCCCGACAUUUACUCUCACACAAAUUACGCCUUCUUGUAUGCCCGCGAAUGGCAUCCUGGCAUGAAGCACGCCGCUGCUGUUCGUAAAGAGUUGCCUUUCCGCACAAUCUUCAACUUGCUCGGUCCUCUGGCCAACCCCGUACAAAACAGCGACUUGAUCGAGGCUCGCAUCUUGGGAGUCGCAAAGCGCGAUAUGGGUCCUGUGUUCGCCGAGUCGAUGCGUCUGACAGGCGCAAAGAAGGCGUUGAUCGUUUGUGGUGCCGAGGAUCUGGAUGAAUUGAGCUGUGCUGGACCUUCAUACUGCUGGAUGCUGAAGCCUCAAUCCGAAGCCGCCAACGCUCAAGUUGACAUUGUACCCUUCACCGUUUCACCCGAGGAUCUGGGUUUGAAGUCUGUUCCACUCAGUCUUGUCGCCGGCGGCAAGUCUCCUGCUGAGAACGCUGUCAUUCUCCAAAGCAUCCUUGACGGAACGAUCGACCCCGAAGACCCUGUCCUCACUUUCGUCUUGAUCAACACUGCUGCUCUCCUGGUCACCUCUGGUAUCUGCGAGGCUGAUAGCAGCAACAUGGGCCCAGGAGACGAUGGCAAGGUCAUUACUGAACGUGGCCCUGGUGGCUUGCGCUGGAAGGAGGGUGUCAGACGUGCUCGCUGGUGCAUCUCCAGCGGUGCUGCCAAAGAGCAGUGGAACGCCUUUGUCAAGAUCACAAACGAGCUUGGCGCUCAGGCAUAG